UUCCGAGUAUCACAGCCUAAAACCUCGCCAAAACCCUUUGCUGUUGCUUCCUCUCCCUGUGAGAAAAGGGAGAGCAAAAUGUCCCUCUGUCGUCUUCUUUCACCAAGAUUGCGAUUGCCAAUCAACACUGUAGAAUGUAGAAGAUGGUGUUCUUCAGUGAAUGAUAAGGGUGAAAUUUCACAGCCUUUGAAGAAAUCAGAAGUGGUGGAGCAGCAGAAAGCCAUGGAUGUGGAGAUAGCUGAAAAGAAGCAUAUGACUCAAAAUGAAGAGGUAUUUCCUAGAAAAACACAUGUCCAGAAGGAAGUAGGACUGUGGAAUAGUUUGGUAGCGAUCCUUCAAAUAACUAAAAAGAAGAUAUUUGGAAAUCUUAUGGAGCAGAAGAUCAGUAGCACUUGUGAAUUAACUUCGACUUCUGGACUUAAGGAUUCUGAUGAUGUUGCAUCUGCUGAUAGUCAUGAUAGUGGAAGUAUGAACAAUCUUAAGAUUACAAUUCAUUCAGAAAGGACAUCUAAAACUAAUAUGGAAGAAAAUGUUGACAGUAAAACAUCUCCGUCUUCUUAUGCAGACAAGAGUAUAGCUGCUGAGGUUGUUAAUAUGAAAAACACUUCAAAUUCAGUUGUGACUGAAGAAUUGCUAAAUAUCUCUUCAAAGGAAUUUGAAGGAAGCGCUGACUACGGGGUAAAUGGCAUGUCUUCUGGUGCAUCUUCUAUCUGCGGAAAAACCAAUUCCAAUGACGAUGUUCAACUGUUUAAUGAUUUCCAUCAUUCAGAGUUAGUUAAGAAAGAGAGAGAACAAUUGCUAGCUGAGGAAGCAUCAAGUGUAGAAAUCAGUUCUGGCGAAGAGAUCCUGUCAAAAUCUGAGGAAGCAUGUAUUGUAGAACAUCGGAUGCAAAUUGAGAUACCUAGAACAUCACAUAGAAAUCCUGCAAGUACAACUGCAUCUGAAAACCAGGAGGAAGACAUAAUGGAAUUGCUUAAAUUUCCACACAAUUUAGAACUUGGACAGAGGGAUACCUCUGAUUCAUCAUGUGUCUCAAAGAGGGUUGCCAUCUUAGUUGAUGUUUCUCAGGAAAAAGGAAAUAAUGAAGUGGAGUUGGAGGGUAAGAAUGUCCAAAUGCAAAAAGAGGAAGUAAUAUCAGACAUUAUUUCAAUUUUUGGGGACAGAACAUCCAAUCUCAAGCAGGUUGAACAUUCUAAUAGUUUCUUACUGAGUGAAGCAACCAACAAAUGGCGGGACGUUCUUGUAAAAAAACCAGUUUCCUCUGCAAACGAACAUUAUCCAGCCAAAGACAUCUCUAUUCCGUUAUCACUUUCUAAUACCAAAGUGAACAAAAUUUCAUCAGUUUCCUCUGCAAAUGAACAUUUUCCGGCCAAAGACAUCUCUAUUCCGAUCUCACUUUCUAAUACCAAGAUGGAUGAAAUUUCAUCAGUCUCCAAUAAUUCUUCUCACAUGGAGGCUGAUCAUCGAGCAAUCCAUCAGAUUAUUGACCCAAGGAGUGAAAAAUCUGUACCUAUAGAGUUUGAGCACCUUAAUGAAACUUCUCAGAAUACUUUAGGAAAGAGUGGCGACAUAAAGAGCUUAAUAGAAUGUAUUAGGGUGCUCCCUCCUCAGGAUCCAUCUGUUGUUAGGCCUGAGGAAAUUGUUGUUGACGGAAGUGUUGACAGAUAUAGGAACAGAAGUGCACUUAACAGCAUCCAAGCACAAACUGAUAAUCAGUCAUUUGACAGGGAAAAAAGAAAGACUUCAUCUCAGGGUGUGAUUGGAAAGAAGGGUGGGCUAUCGAACGAAGUCCUCCAAGAUCUCAACCCUGGUGAUGGAAGAACAGAGAUCAGGAAUGCUGCACCCCAUGAUUUCUUCAAAUCAAUAGAAACUAAAGAGAUUGCAUCUUUGAGGGAAAAAGGUAACCUGAACAAGGAUGAGGAUGCCUCUUUAUCUGAAAAGUUAUCUGAUGAAAACAAAAUCACGAUAAAGUUCGUGAACGUAAAAGCUACAAAACAUGAUGUCUAUAAUGUUUUCAAAGGUUGUGGGGCUAUUACGAAGGUUGUGUUUCCAAGUGUCAAAUCGACUAAGUAUAAAGCUGCACACAUUUAUUUUGAGUCAGAAGAAGGAAGGCAAGAGGCUCUUAAAAGUUCCGAUGUGGUCAUUAUGAAUGUAGUAGUUGUGGAGGCCACUUCUCCUCUGAAAGGGGGAGAGAGGAUGUGUAUACCUGAAUUAAUUGGUUAUCCAGAAGUUCCCACCUCAUUAGUAAAGCAUCCUUCAAGGACAGUUAUGAUAAAAGAAUUGAAGCACAACGUGUCCUUUCAUGACAUCGAAGAAGCUCUAGCCUUCUGCGGAAGCAACAUAACUGGAAUUUUCUUUGGUUCGUCAAGCUCCGUUGCUUAUGUGGAAUUUGAGACAGUAGAGGGCAAAGAAAUCGCUAUUGAGAAGCAUUCAUUGAUCAUGCUUGGAGAGACACUAUCAAUCUUGCGAAUCGAUGCACCAAGAACAACCGUGGUAAGGAUAUCAAAUAUCCCUCAGCCUGCAAUGGAAGUGAUCACCUUUUGCAAAUAUCUGGGACAGACUAGGCACUUCUUCAUGAGAACAACUGGCAUCAUGGAUGUGCAUUUCAAAUUUGCUGAAUGGCCAAGAAUGUUAGAGAUUAUAAACAGGCUGAACGGAAUUGUAGUAGAUGGUCAGCAGUUGGUAGCUAAGCCUGCACCUGUCUAUCCCCCGGAUGUCCUUAAAGUUCUCUGGAGUCAACGAGAGGGGAGAAAGCAUUUGAAAACCACAUUCAACAGCAUGCUGCUGAAAGUAGGAGGGAGUAAAGAUGAUUUAACAGAACUUGUAGGUAAAUUUUAUUCUGGUGUGCAAGAAACAUAAUUAACAUAAGAUGGUAAGGUUUGUUCAUUAAACAUACUGGAAAAUCCUUAUGCAUUUACUCUUCUACUAAAAAUAUGUAGAAUGAACCAAAAUGCUUUUUUAAUCUUCUUGUAAAACAUGUCACGUGGAAAGUUAGAAUUAAAGAAUUGCCAAAAAAGGAAAGAUCGUUUUGAAGCGGAUUAAAAGGAAAAGUUAUAAGAAACAAAUUGAACGGGGGAGUACUUUUAGUGUGGAUUGUGAAGUGAGAAGACUGUUAUGCAAAAGGAAUUUGCUUUGAACUGUUACGCAAAAAU